AUGUCGCCCCUAUCUCUGACAGACUUCAUAUCAAGCCUUGAAACACUCUGUGCAGGAAUCGUUGCUCCUGCUGGAUCCAUCGGCGUAACUCGACCCGUUAUCGAAGACCAGAUUCAGAGGCACGCCCUAGUCACCAACCGUCUCAGAAGACAGCUGAACGCUCAGUUUGUACCGAUCAAUAAACUUCCACCGGAGAUCCUUACGGAAAUUCUCCUUGCGUAUGUCGAGGAGUUCAAAUUGUCCUUUGACGAGCGAAUGUCCAGUAAAUAUUGGAAGUGGACAGCAGCGCUCUCAGUAUGCUCGUAUUGGCGAGAAGUAGCCCUCAGCAGUCCCCGCCUCUGGAGCUUCGUGGCGGUCACGUGCAACGGUGAAUGGAUGUCGCAGGUCCUGCAAAGGGCUAAAAGCACACCUCUGAUCGUUGUCGGACGGCUGGACGGCGUAACAAGCUUCAAGGACUAUGAAGCCUUAGAGCUUGUCAUGCAACAACUACCACAUAUACGUUCCCUACACCUUCAUACCGAAGGCCAUAUCCUGGAGGAUAUACUCGCGAAAACGGGUCGAUCUGGGAAUAGGUUAAGAAGCCUGUGCAUCGCUGCCAAUUCGCUCAGCAAUGUCUAUCGGCCGACACCACCACCCAGCCUCCUUAUCAGCGGGCAAUUCGAGUGCUUGGAGCGCCUCGAGAUUAAGGAGGUCCCUUUACCACGGAAGGUGACCAGCUCCCUUGCGUCGCUCAAGCAUCUUAAGGUUACCCAGGCUCGAGAUGCCCGAUUAUCACCUCUCUCAGACGUGCUCUCAGUAUUAGAGCAGCUGCCUCUUUUACAGACAUUAGAGCUUAACGCCUACCUGUGGCUGACGGAACACGACCACGCAGCAACGAUCUCCAGCCCGUGGGAGGUGACGCUGCCCAAGCUCAGGACGAUAUCCCUGACAGCGAGAACGAAAGAUUGCGUCGCCCUUCUGGGGUGCUUAUCCCUUUCCCAAGGCGUCGUCUACUCACUCCGCUGCAUGGGAAUGGAUCAGUGGGAAGAGCUCGCAAAAACACUUACAUCGAAGCUUUCUGGAAAGCAGAUACUAGCCUUCUCCGUCAAGUCCGGACUCAAGGACUCCCUAGAAAGCCAGUCAACUACACGGAUAUGUGGAUCAUUCACCGACUCACUAGGCUCUCCCGACACUGGUGCAGAACCCGAGCAGUUCGCGUUCAAGGUCACCGUCGAUACACCGUUUCGUCAGGAGAUCACGAACCUCGUAGCAACAUUCUGUGCACAGAUGCCACUCUCGGCCGUCAAACAGCUGGAAGUAUCAUCGCUUGAGCUAUCGUCGAAUAUGUGGUGCUUAGCCUUCGGGCAGAUCACCUCCUUGGACAAGCUUGUCGUGUCCGGGCCGGCUUUCAAGGAUCUCUCGCCGGCGCUGCGUACGGCUGACAGCCAUCACGGAACAGCUGUAGACGGGCGGAAGCACUUCUUCUUGCACGACAUAGCCACCCUCCAUUUGCACAACGCUCGUUUCGCUGAUCUUCGGGACCAUCAGGAUCCGGAAGAAUCCCUUAUGGGCUUCUACGCAGAGGAUCUGGAGAUGUCGCUCAAGGAGCGACAAGAGCACGAUUCGAAUAUCGAGCGUCUCGUGCUUACGCAAACUAUCAAUCUAUGGGAUGACGAUUUCCAUGCGCUCGAGGCUCUUGUGGGAAAUGCAAUGUGGCAGGGCACCAACGAUGACGAACCCAUCGAAGAUAACCUUUGGGCUGGGUUUGACGGAGGGGAAACGGACGAAGAAGAUGAGGAACACGAAAAUCUCAUAGAUGAGAAUGAGCACAUCAUGCCUCUCCUCCCCUUCGAGGACGAAAUUGAGGACGGGAUUUUUGAUGGCCCAGAUGCCAACGAUGCCAUCCUUUUCGGAAUCGGUUGGCCGUGA